AGUAUGGGGAGACCACCUUGUUGUGAUAAAAUAGGUAUCAAGAAAGGUCCUUGGACUCCUGAAGAAGAUAUCAUCUUAGUAUCUUAUAUUCAAGAACAUGGUCCUGGAAAUUGGAGAUCAGUCCCUACUAAUACUGGGUUGAUGAGAUGCAGCAAAAGUUGUAGGCUAAGGUGGACAAAUUACUUGAGGCCAGGAAUCAAAAGGGGGAAUUUCACUCCACAUGAAGAAGGAAUGAUAAUUCAUCUUCAAGCUUUGUUGGGUAACAAAUGGGCAGCUAUAGCUUCAUAUCUACCACAAAGGACAGACAAUGACAUCAAGAAUUACUGGAACACACAUCUAAAGAAGAAACUCAAGAAAUUCCAAACAGAAUUGGAUUCACAUAAUUUGCCUCUUCCUCCUCCUAAUUUUGACAAUUCUAGCACUAAUAACUAUGAUCAUCAUCAAUUCUCAAAGUUAUUAAACUCUCCAAAUUCUUCUUCAUCAUCAUCAUUGUAUGCUUCUAGUACAGAAAAUAUUUCAAGACUUCUAGAAGGUUGGAUGAGAUCUUCCCCUAAUCCUUCUAGAAGAAACAAUAUUGAUCAUGAUGAAAUGUUGCAUGAGGCACAAAAAAACCAAGAUCAAGAUGGAGGAGUUAGCAAUCAUGAUGAUGUUGUAACAAUUCCAAAUGAGAAAUCAAGUUAUAAUAUUAAUUGUGAAAGUAGUGAAGUUGUUACACAUGAAAAGGCAAGUCCUCCUCCAUUCACAUAUCUUGAAAAGUGGCUACUAGAAGAAAAUGGUGGUCAAGUUGAAGAACUCAUGGAACUUCCAAUGAUAUUCACUUAAUAAUACCAA